UCUUUCCAUAUAAUUUGAUACAUGUUUCCAACCCAGCAUAUAGGAGGAAAACUUUUGUUCUAUAAAACCAAAAACAGUAAAUAUAUCUCUCAAGGUGAAAUAGCAUCUGCACUUCCUCCGAAUCCCGAAGAUUUCCUCUCCAUGGCUACCAAAAGCCUGAUCUUGCCUUGUGUCUUGCUUCUUACGUUGCUCCAUCUGGUAUUAGGACAUGGAGCUGUGAAUUCAGGUCAGUACCCUCUGGUUGUGAGCACAUGGCCCUUCUUAGAGGCUGUUAGAGCCGCUUGGAGUGCCGUUGAUAGUGGGUUUUCAGCCGUGGACUCGGUUGUGGAGGGUUGUUCGGCUUGUGAGGAACUGAGGUGUGAUGGAACAGUUGGGCCUGGUGGAAGUCCAGAUGAGAAUGGAGAAACUACAAUUGAUGCUCUCAUCAUGGAUGGGGUGACAAUGGAGGUUGGAGCUGUUGCUGCUAUGAGGUAUGUGAAGGACGGUAUCAGAGCUGCUAGAUUAGUGAUGCAGCAUACUAAACACACUUUGCUUGUCGGAGAGCAGGCCUCAGUGUUUGCCAUUUCAAUGGGUCUUCCAGGACCCACGAACCUUAGUUCGUCUGAGUCUAUGGCAAAGUGGAGUAAAUGGAAGGAAAAUCACUGCCAACCAAAUUUUUGGAAAAAUGUUCUACCUGACAAUAGUUGUAGCCCAUAUCAUCCAAGGGAUUCUCUUGACCUUACUGAAGGGACGUGUUCCAAAGCCAAGCUGAUGGAGACUAUUGAAUCGAGAUCAUCUCUUGUUGGUCCUCACAACCAUGACACUAUAUCAAUGGCUGUGAUUGAUAAAAUGGGGCACAUUGCCGUUGGUACAUCAACUAAUGGAGCAACAUUUAAAAUCCCUGGAAGGGUAGGUGAUGGACCCAUUACAGGAUCUUCAGCAUAUGCCGACGAUGAAAUUGGUGCAUGUGGUGCAACUGGAGAUGGUGACAUUAUGAUGCGCUUCCUUCCAUGGGGGCAUUUUGGUCUUUAAACAAAAAUUAACGCCCAAAAAUGGAAUAUUCCAUCCAAGUUAACGGAAUCUUCUGACGGAUGGGGGCAUGUUGACAAUGACUGGUAGUUGAUGGGGGGAAAAGGUAAGUACCCCUAAGCUUUACUAAGCUUAGUAUCAUCUUCAUCUCUUUACAGAGUAAGAAUAUAGGCUCAUUUUUGGGCUUAAUUUGGAUUGGCUUGCUUUGUUUCACUAAGCACAGUAACCUUGUUGGAUGGGGUAAAUACUAAGCCUGCCACCGACAUCAGCCCAAUCAUGUUUGCCUCUUUGUUUGCUGCACCUCAAAACUGCUGAUCCCGUGGAAGGUUUAUGCACAUAAUUUAUGAAUAUGUUGUGGAUGUGUCAGGCAUGCUUGACUGCCUACUGCAUUUAGUAUAUCCACUUCUGGUUUGUUCUCACACUUGAAACAGUCCCUAUUUUAGCAACACCUGAUAUACCUUUAACCAAAAAUCUUGUUUUAUGGUCUGUUU